UGCCCUUUUCUCUCCUUUUCUCCAAUCCCUAAUUCUUCAAAUUUUUCUCCUUAUCAAAAAUGAAUCUCUCCGACGAAGACGACUUCGAGGCCAAAAGGAUCAAAUGGAGUGGGUUAUUUGAUCCUUCUCUUUCAACCCUCUCCAAACCCACUCCUCAAAAAACCGUCACUUUCGCAACCACCUCAUCCUCCCCGGCGACGACUACUACUACCACUUCCGGAGCACGGCGAAUCAGGAUGCCGGCUAUCUGCGCCGCCAGGCUUUUUCAGCUAACCAGAGAGCUCGGUCAUAGUUCCGACGGAGAAACCAUCGAGUGGCUUCUCCAGCAAGCUGAACCGGCCGUUGUCGCCGCUACUGGCACCGGAACCAUCCCCGCGAACUUCUCCUCUCUAAACGUCUCGCUCCGAAGCACUGGAUCGGCUCUCUCCGCCCCCUUGUCCUCGAGAUCGAUGCCUCUCUUCGGCGCUUCCACUGGAACAGCUUUCUCCGCCCCCUUGUCCUCGAGAUCGAUGCAACCGGAGUUUCGUAGGCCGAGUAGUAGUAGUAGUAGUCUCAUCAGCGAUGUGACUAAUGCAUUGCCUAAGGAACCUGAAAAGAGUUCCAAGAUAGUUUUGGAACUGGACAUAGGCGGUGAUAAGUCCAUGCAGACGAAGGUCAUGAAGAAACUUGCUGCACUCAGUGGAAUCAAUUAUAUAUCCCUGGAUCCGGAGACAGGCGCGUUAACCAUCAAAGGAGACAUUGAAUUAAAUAUGGUACUAGAAAAGGUGGGAAGGUAUUGCAAUGUGAAAAAAGAAGAAGUUUCAGGUGAGCCCUCGAUGAUGGUCGAGCCAAAGAAAGAAAGUGUCAGUGAGCAACUAAAGAAAGGAGAUCAAAAGAGUGUUUUGGAAGCGGAUGUUUCUAUGGGAGAGGUACUCACUAGUGAGCAAAGUCUGCGAUCAACCACAGGUUCAGGCGGCUCAUGCUCAGUGAUCAACAGUCCAGUUGUUUCAGGAAAAUCCAUCAUCACACCACCUAACGUGAGGAAUCUAAAUGAUGCUUGGUACUUCUUCUGCGAGUUCCUUAACCAACGCAAGCGUCCAUUGACUCUCUCUGGGUGCACAGCCAAAGACGCCAUUGAUUUUCUCUACAUGACUCCAGGCAACGCAGAGGCCCUUGUUGGCCACCUCCGUGCUGCUUGUGAGGCUUACGGCAUAACACCAAAGGAAAAUCCUUUCCGCAGCCUUGCUGUUAUAACAUACAUGAAGGAGGCGAGGGAGAUGACUCGACAAGCAGAACGCGUUUUGUUUUUUUCGUGCAAUGACAACCUUGAUGUAGACGAGACACAUUUCAUUGAAGCCAUCUUGAAAGAUUUACACGAGCAAGGGGUCACUACUUUGACAUAUAAUCUAUCUCAGAGAGAGAACCUAGAUGGGGAUGCUUUACACGAGAUGCUUUACAGAUCCAGUGUUGGUAUUAUGGUAGUUUCAAAUAGUUUUGCUUAUAGUAGUCAGUCUCUGGAUCAUUUGGGGGCAAUCAUGGAACAUUGGAAAGCAAAACACCUUGUAAUUAUUCCUGUAUAUCUCAAGGUAACACCUGCAGACAUAUGUGUGUGGGAAGGCCGCUUUGAACAAAUACUUCCGUCGUUUUCGGUUUCUGUCCAUGCAGACAGAAUUCAGAAAUGGAAGGCGGCUCUGACUAAAUUGGCAUCCAUUGAUGGACAUCAAUGGUCAAUGGGGAGUCAGUUUAUGCUUGCCAAGAAAGUUGUAAGGAACACAUGCUUCAGGCUAGAUUUGAAAAAUAGCAAGAACCUGGUUAGAAUCUUAGCAUUGUUAAAUCACCCCCUGCCCUUAGAUGCGGAAAUUGAAGGAAUCUGGGGCAUGGCAGGAAUAGGUAAGACAUCCAUUGCUAGAGAAGUUUUUGAAAUACUAGCUCCACAAUAUGAUUUGUGCUACUUUCUGCAAGACUUUCAUCGUAUGUGUCAGAGCAAAGGGUUGAGGCAAAUACGUGAUGAUUUUCUCUCUAAAGUAUUUAGAGAAGAAAAACCAUUAAUAGGCGCUUCUGAUACAAAACCGAGUUUCAUGAGGGACUGGUUUCAGAAUAGAGCGAUUCUCAUUGUUCUCGAUGACGUGAGUAAUGCAAGAGAUGCAGAAUAUGUAGUUGGAGGGUUUAGCUGGUUUUCUCGUGGACACCGAAUCAUUUUAACCUCUAGGAGUAAACAAGUUCUUGUGCAGUGUAAGGUUAAAGAGCCCUACGAGAUGCAACAGUUGUACGAGUUUGAAUCUUUUCGUCUCUGCAAACGAUAUUUAAAAGAAAAAAGUGCCAUCAUGUCCGAGCUAAUGAGAUGCAGUAGCGGUAUACCACUGGCUCUCAAAGUUUUGGUUUCCUCUGUAUCAAAGCAGCAUAUGGACGAUAUGAAGAAACAUCUCCAAAGCUUGCGGAUAAACCCUCCAACCAAGAUUCAGGAAGCAUUUCGCAGAAGCUUUGAUGGACUUGACGAAAACGCAAAGAACAUAUUUUUGGACCUUGCAUGUUUUUUAAGAGGGGAGAACAAAGAUCAUGUGGUGAAAUUACUAGACGCUUGCGGGUUUUUUACAUAUUUGGGAAUCUGUGAUCUCAUUGACGAGUCUCUCAUUAGCCUUCUGGAUAACAAAAUAGAAAUUCCUAUUCCUUUUCAAGACAUUGGUCGAUUUAUUGUUCAUGAAGAAGACAUGCAUCCAUGCGAACGUAGCAGAUUGUGGGACGCUAACGACAUCAUUGACGUGUUGACAAACAAUUCAGGAACAGAAGCGAUUGAGGGAAUCUUCCUGGAUGCGUCUGACUUAACCUGUGAAUUAAGUCCUACUGUGUUUAGCAAUAUGUAUAGACUUAGAUUGCUGAAGUUUUAUUGUUCCAACACCUCUGGGAAUCAGUGCAAGCUAAGCCUACCACAAGGCCUCGACACUUUUCCGGAUGAGCUAAGGCUACUUCACUGGGAGCAUUUCCCUCUGGGAUACUUGCCUCAGAAAUUUAUUCCGGAGAACCUUGUGGAGAUAAACAUGCCGUAUAGCAACAUGGAGAAGCUAUGGGAAGGGAAGAAAAAUCUCGAGAAGCUAAAGAAAAUCAAACUGAGUCACUCCAGAAAAUUAACUGAUGUCCGGAUGUUAUCAGAAGCCAUGAACCUUGAACAUAUUGAUCUCGAAGGGUGUACGAGUCUGAUUGAUGUUAGCACAUCUAUUACUCAUCUUAGGAUGCUUGUUUCGUUGAAUAUGAAAGACUGUUGUCAUUUGCGAAGUCUACCUUCCAUGGUCGAUCUAACUUCUCUCAAGCGUCUUAAUUUGUCUGGCUGCUCAGAGGUUGAGGAUAUUCAGGAUUUUUCACCAAGCCUGGAAGAGCUAUAUCUGGCUGGGACUGCCAUAAGGGAACUUCCAUUCUCAGUGGAUAAUCUCAGUGAACUUAGUACGCUGGAUCUGGAGAACUGCUUAAGGCUUCAGAAACUGCCUUCCGGAGUUAGGAAUUCGAGAUCUAUUGUCAAUCUUAAGCUGUCUGGCUGCACAGCUCUUGAGCUUGGGAAGCGGAAAAGGUGAGUUUGGAAGCGCGAUGGAAUUGGAAGCGUGAAUUUGUAAGGAAGUGUGAGGUCUAUCAAGAUGAAACCAGAUGUGUUUCAAUGCGGAAACGAUAUAGACUGAGAGGAGCAAGGAUCUGGGCAGAGGAUGAAGGAGAGAUGAAUGGAUAAGUACUCCAUGUAUUAACCAGGUAUCCAGCUACAUUCAGUUUCUUUAUAAUCGAUGUAAGUUGGAGCCAAUAUUAUGUGUGAUAUCAUCCCUUUGUAUCUAAGAGCAUUCAUGUCCAAGUUGGUAUUGCGAUAGAGAUGCCGCUUGCGUGGCUAAAUUGACCACCACUGUUUUAGAUUGGAAGAUCAUCGAAUCAGAACCCUUAUAAAAGAUCUACUUUCUACUUGCGAGUGCGCGGACCCUAAGAUCUGGUAUUAAACAUUACAGUGUUAGAACAUGGCUGUUGUGGCUUAGUAAAUUCACUGUUUCCAUUAUGACAAUAAGGAAACCAUAAUCUGUAACAUAGCAAGCAGUGAAUUUCCUAAGCCACAAUAGUGAAUUUCCUAAGCCACAAUAGCCAUAUCCUGAUAUCCUUAAGUAACUUCUGCCUAUAAAUAAGGCUAUUGGGUCUGAAGCUUUGUACGCCUCUAUUCAUGUGGUAAAUGAAACAUGUGUUGCUUUUCCCUGAAUAUCUGAGAAUCG